AUGGUGUACUAUGACUGUGUUGCGCCGAGUGGAGGCAGAAGUGUAAACAAUCCUGAAUCAGGCGAAUCGAAAUGCAUCAAAGAGGACCGUCUUCAUGGAUCUGCAGACUCCCUUUGUCAUAGCUUCGAUGCCAGACAGAGUGUCCCUGAAUUCAGUAAGUUUAUCGAGUGGCGGAGUCUUCUGUUGACUUUGACCUUUUCCGAUUUUGCCGACUGCCUACUUCUUAGAAUUUUCCUCUAUUUCGAGGACAUCCUCGGGCACUGGGCGGCACAUUUGCAAUGUCCUCACUUCUCAGGUGACCUUUUCCAGCACAGAUCCACGCCCACCCCACACACGGCCGGCAUGGCUGCUUUCGCCGGCCUGUACCACUGGAGGAUGGCUUGGUUGAAUAAACUGGCCCACUGGGAGCAGAAAGACCCGCCAAAUUGUGCAGGACAAAUAUGCACAAUUAUGAAGAAAAGCAAGGUUUCGAAGCAUCCUUCAUUGAGUUAUUGUGACAUGACUUCCCAUUUCAAGAGAAACGUUGCUUGGAAGGAAUUCGUGAAAUGCUGUGCUCACUUCCAUUUCGAGCGACAGUGUUUGGUGAACAGACUCGAAGACAGAUACCACAAGAAGACGACAGCCGAUACCCCUCUUGCCAGAUGUUGA